CAAAGCAGCAGGCAAAAACAACACUUGCAUAAGAUGGUAUGGAUCACAGGUGUUUUGCUGUUUCUUUUUUACCAAGAAAGUGGUGCAGAUCCUGGCACUAUUGGGAAUCUAACAGUGACAUAUAUUAAUACAAACUCUGUUGGUCUCAUCUGGACUACACAAAGCAGUAAUGCAGUCGGCUACAAAGUCAAAGGCCUUGGACCUACAAACACCACUAUGAUAGUUAAUUCUGAAUCGGCUCUUGUCACUGGAUUGAUACCUGGAAGCAAAUAUACAAUGGAAGUUAUUUUGCUGACUGGAGACAAUAUGACUGAAGGACCAGCUGUGACAACCAUAGUAUUUACAAAGCCUGAAGCUGUUGGUGAACUGAGUGUUGAUAAUAUUACCACAUCUUCAAUUGGUCUCAGCUGGUAUCCACCAACAGGCAAUGCAAUUGGCUACAUAAUUGAAACAGUGCAAACAUAUGCCACAUUAAUAUGUAAUCCUUUAGAUAUCUCCAGCACAACCAAUCUACCAACAACUUUAGAAACCACAACUACUCCAACUGUUCCAUCAAUUAGCACUUUUUCAACCAGUGCCACUUCUACACCUGUUCUCACCACAGUCCUCAGUUCCCCAACUGUAUCUACAAGUAUUUCCUCAGCUAACACAGCAUUUACAACUACUACUAUUUCUCCAACAACAGAAACAACUGUUACCUCCCCUCCUGUUACCACUAUUUCCCAAUCAACUACCACUAUUUCUCCAACAACGGAAACAACAAUUACCCCAUCCACACUUACUUCUAACACUUCUCUUUCAACUACUAGCACUCCUACAACACUUUUUACCACAACUGUUACCUCCCCUCCUGUUACCACUAUUUCCCAAUCAACUACUACUAUUUCUCCAACAUCUGAAACAACAAUUACUCCAUCCACACUUACUUCUAACACUUCUCUUUCAACUACUAGUACAUCUACAACACUUUUUACCACAACUGUUACCUCCCCUCCUGUUACCACUAUUUCCCAAACAACUAGUACUAUUUCUCCAACAACUGAAACAACAAGUAGUACAUCCGCACUUACUUCUAACACUUCUCCUUCAACUACUUCCACUCCUACAACACUUUUUACCACAACUGUUACCUCCCCUCCUGUUACCACUAUUUCCCAAUCAACUACUACUAUUUCUCCAACAUCUGAAACAACAAUUACUCCAUCCACACUUACUUCUAACACUUCUCUUUCAACUACUAGUACAUCUACAACACUUUUUACCACAACUGUUACCUCCCCUCCUGUUACCACUAUUUCCCAAACAACUAGUACUAUUUCUCCAACAACUGAAACAACAAGUAGUACAUCCGCACUUAGUUCUAACACUUCUCCUUCAACUACUUCCACUCCUACAACACUUUUUACCACAACUGUUACAUCCCCUCCUGUUACCACUAUUUCCCAAUCAACUACUACUAUUUCUCCAACAUCUGAAACAACAAUUACUCCAUCCACACUUACUUCUAACACUUCUCUUUCAACUACUAGUACAUCUACAACACUUUUUACCACAACUGUUACCUCCCCUCCUGUUACCACUAUUUCCCAAUCAACUACUACUAUUUCUCCAACAUCUGAAACAACAAGUAGUACAUCCGCACUUACUUCUAACACUUCUCCUUCAACUACUACCACUCCUACAACACUUUUUACCACAACUGUUACCUCCCCUCCUGUUACCACUAUUUCCCAAUCAACUACUACUAUUUCUCCAACAUCUGAAACAACAAUUACUCCAUCCACACUUACUUCUAACACUUCUCUUUCAACUGCUAGUACAUCUACAACACUUUUUACCACAACUGUUACCUCCCCUCCUGUUACCACUAUUUCCCAAACAACUAGUACUAUUUCUCCAACAACUGAAACAACAAGUAGUACAUCCGCACUUACUUCUAACACUUCUCCUUCAACUACUUCCACUCCUACAACACUUUUUACCACAACUGUUACAUCCCCUCCUGUUACUACUAUUUCCCAAUCAACUACUACUAUUUCUCCAACAUCUGAAACAACAAUUACUCCAUCCACACUUACUUCUAACACUUCUCUUUCAACUACUAGUACAUCUACAACACUUUUUACCACAACUGUUACCUCCCCUCCUGUUACCACUAUUUCCCAAACAACUAGUACUAUUUCUCCAACAACUGAAACAACAAGUAGUACAUCCGCACUUACUUCUAACACUUCUCUUUCAACUACUUCCACUCCUACAACACUUUUUACCACAACUGUUACCUCCUCUCCUGUUACCACUAUUUCCCAAUCAACUACUACUAUUUCUCCAACAUCUGAAACAACAAUUACUCCAUCCACACUUACUUCUAACACUUCUCUUUCAACUACUAGUAUAUCUACAACACUUUUUACCACAACUGUUACCUCCCCUCCUGUUACCACUAUUUCCCAAUCAACUACUACUAUUUCUCCAACAUCUGAAACAACAAGUAGCACAUCCGCACUUACUUCUAACACUUCUCCUUCAACUACUACCACUCCUACAACACUUUUUACCACAACUGUUCCCUCCACUCCUGCCACCAGUAUUUCUCCUUCAACUAGUACACUGUUUUUUGAAACUUCAAGCACACUUUCAACAAGUACAUUAACCUCUGGUUGUCUAACUACCAUUGGUACAAAAAUCACUACAAUUGUUUAUGUAAGUACGUCAACAACUACAGUAUCCCAAGGAGAUACCACAAGUACUUCAUUAAAAGUGUCUGCUGUUAUAAAUGGAUUGAGUCCUGGUGAAAACUAUACUAUUCAGGUCACUGCUCUGGCUGAAGACAACAUUACAAAAGGGGCAUCUGUGAACAUUUCAGCAUUUACAAAGCCUGGUACUGUGACCAAUGUAACUAUCCAUAAUAUCAUGACUAACUCCAUUUCUCUGAGCUGGACCCCCCCAGUUGGCAAUCCUGCUAGUUACAUAGUGGAAGUCGCUGGAACUACAGCAAGUAAUGUGACAGCAUACUCUGCAUCUGCUAAUGUAACUGGACUAACACCCGGAAGCAUUUAUACACUGCAAGUUGUGGCCUUGGCUCAGGACAACUUGACUGAAGGUGAUGCAGUGGCAAUCACGGCUGUCACAACUGGUCGCCAGCAUAAACACUUACCAAGUGGGAAGAUCAGCAGCUUGACAGGAAUGUUACAAGGGAGGGAAGACAUGGGAGAUUGA